AUGUCGGCAGCUACUGACACUCUCGCGGACUGCUGUCCAUGUACUGAUCUCCGCCACCUUCGGAUCUUCCAGAUGACGAGUCACGAAAUCGCGAGAGCGUUAUCCCUCCGGCAAGAGGAGCGCCAGGGCGCCUUCGAUCUGCCAGCGAAGAUCACUGAGGGUGUCCACAACAAGCUUGAGUGGUUUGCGAGAAAAGACGCCCUCGGCAUGCUCGCAGCAACGAUAUAUCGUUACUACGCCGGAAUCCUCGAUUACUCCUUGGACAAAGCAGCCGUGAGGCGUGCGCAAGAUGCAGCCGUGAAGAUCAUCCGGCAACAGGCGCGACUCUACUCCGCUGGCAAGCUACGCAGUAAACGGCUGUUCCACCAUCGUCAUCUGCUUUCGCCUAUUCUGGAGUCAAUUGCAAAGCGCCACCCCGAGGUUUUCCCCGUCGACAGCUCAGACUGGUCGCAUGCCGACUGGUUUCGCUGGCACGUAGUAGAGGCGACCCAGAGCGCUCAAGAUACCUUGCUGAAGGAUAUCCGAGCCGAGCUAGGCCGGGACGGCGUCUAUCCCGGCGCCGGACAAACGAGACCGGGGCCGAUCCCGGAUGCGGAUGUCGAGCAGCUCGCCCGAUUCCUACUCCUCAACGGCGUCCCAUUGCCUCUCCGAAACGCAGAGCAUGACAAGUACGACCAACGCAUCCAGCUGUCUGAUAUGGCAAGAGUGUGGUUCCUCGACUUUUCCGGCAUCUUGCUCACUUUCAGAGCCAUCCUCUACGAUCGGUUCGAAAAGAUCUAUGAGGCGGCGAUGAGGAGGUUUCCUCAGGAGCAGAUGGGCACCGGUGCCGUUGCCGGAGACAUGACGCUUGAGGUCCAAUGUGUGUACACGAAGAAGGGGGUGAAGGCGAGAAAUGAUGGAGAUGGGGAGGGCACGGAUGGUGAAGAUGAGGAGGAGUAG